GUUAAAAAGAAUACUCAGUGCAUCCUGGGUAUAUUAUGCUAAUUACCCGGAUCGGUAGGGUCUUCCAGAAGCCAGUUAUCCACACCGGGUAUUCGCUGCAUCUUUAUUUUCUUUUGUGCAUUUGAUUUUUUUUCUUCGUCUGUCUUUUUUUCUUUAAUUUUUGAGGACCUUUGCGGGUGCAGCACCCAGCCGCCUGUGUCAGGUGCCGGCGGCUCAGCCAACGAUGUGCCUCAGCCUCUUCACCACUCAAGAGUAAAUACCGUGCAAGUCCAUUAGAAAGCUAAGCUUGGGACUCUGUGUAAUUUCAGGAUUAACUGCAUCUGUGCUCGUCAUAUGUUACUGAGAUUUGAUGACUGGAUCAUUUUACAGGGGCUGCAUCUGCUGUCAGAAUUAGAUGGAAUGAAGUCCAGCACCGAUUCCAAGGUGAAAAAACAAGUUUCUUAAAUGCUGUGGAAUCAGCCAAUCAUGUAUCUGAAAUACAUUUAUCUUAUUUAACAUGCCUUGCAGAAUACCAUUUUGGAUGUGGUAACAACAGAGGGUUCAUAUUGCUCAGAAUCACAAUGCCUGUGAGAGAAGACUGAAGGAAUUUUACCUAAGGUCUAUCAAGCCAUCCUUUUAAUGAGUUAAAUGACUUUGGCUCAUCAUCAGUGUCAACAAUGAAGGGAUUAUCAAGUAGCCGAAGUCAUCAUCAUGCGGUCGCCUGUGACCCAUCUUAUGAAUCUCUUGCACAUCAUUCAGACCGAAAGCCAUAUUUAUUAAAUCCAGUGGAUACUCAUCCUGCUGAUCAUCCUUACUAUGCCCAAAGGAACUCUUUUCAGACAGAAUGCAUGAUACCCUAUAAUGAACAACUUGCAAGCAGUACAUUCCCCAGGAGACAUUAUAAUUCCCAUCAUGAACUCAAGGAAGAAUGUGCUGUGGUGCCACAUGCUGUGCCAAACAAGGUAAACCGUGUUCCAACAAACCUUUUAGACCAUUUCGAACACCAGAUCCCAGUAAGCCGUGAUGGUUACCAUACCCUCCAAUAUAAAAGGACUGCAUUGGAGCACCGUAGUGACAGUCCAGGGAGGAUACGACAUUUAGUACAUUCUGUACAAAAGCUCUUUACAAAGUCUCACUCCCUUGAGGGCCCUUCUAAAGGGAGCAUAAAUGGUAACAAGGCAAGCCCUGAUGAACUUCAUGGUCUUAAACAUGGCAAGCGCAGUAAGAGCAAGGACAGGGGUAAGCCAGAGGCUAAACCUCGGACAAACAUCUCAGGCUGGUGGAGUUCUGAUGACAACUUGGACAGUGAUGUCUGUCUUUAUCAUGGGCCUUCUGCUGUCAUGACAAUGGGUAGAUGUCCUGAUCGAUCUGCCUCCCAGUAUUUUAUGGAAGCCUACAAUACUAUUAGUGAACACACCCUAAAAACAUCAAGGAGCAAUAAUGAUGUAAAAUGUACUACCUGUGCAAAUAUACCCAUUAACCUGGAUGCACAACUUAUGAAGAAAAGCUCAUGGUCCUCAACUCUUACAGUGAGCAGAGCACGCGAAGUCUACCAGAAGGCCUCUGUAAAUAUGGAUAAAGCACUAAUGAAGUCUGAGGCUUGUCAACAGGAGCGAUCAUGCCAGUAUUUACAGGUCCCUCAGGAUGAAUGGAGUGGCUUCUCACCUCUUGGAAAAGACGAUGAAAUCCCAUGCCGCAGGAUGCGUAGUGGAAGUUACAUCAAGGCAAUGGGGGAUGACGAUAGUGGGGACUCUGACACCAGUCCUAAACCCUCUCCAAAGAUUGCAGCACGAAGAGAAAGCUACCUGAAAGCCACCCAACCUUCACUGACUGAACUGACAACUCUCAAGAUAUCAACAGAGCACUCUCCAAAACUACAGAUCCGAAGUCACAGUUACCUUCGAGCAGUAAGUGAAGUUUCUAUCAAUAGAAGCCUCGACAGCUUGGACCCAGCAACACUGCUCACUUCGCCAAAGUUCAGAUCGCGAAAUGAGAGUUACAUGAGAGCUAUGAGCACUAUUAGUCAGGUGAGUGAAGUGGAAGUCAAUGGCCAAUUUGAAUCAGUCUGCGAAUCAGUGUUCAGUGAGCUGGAGUCCCAAGCGGUGGAUGCCCUGGACUUGCCAAUGCCAGGCUGCUUUCGCAUGAGAAGUCACAGUUACGUGAGAGCUAUUGAGAAGGGCUGUUCGCAGGAUGAUGACUGUGUGUCGCUACGCUCAUCUUCCCCACCUCGCACAACUACAACUGUGAGGACAAUUCAGAGCAGCACUGUGUCAUCAUGCAUAACUACAUACAAGAAGACACCUCCUCCAGUUCCCCCAAGAACAACAACAAAGCCCUUCAUCUCCAUUACAGCUCAGAGCAGCACAGAAUCUGCUCAGGAUGCCUAUAUGGAUGGCCAAGGACAAAGAGGAGACAUCAACAGCCAGUCUGCUCUGAGUAACUCGACAGAGAGUAUAGACAGUAUGAAAGCCUUAACAGCUGCUAUCGAGGCAGCAAAUGCACAGGUUCAUGGCCCAGCCAGUCAGCAUGUGAGCAACAGCACAAUCACCAUUACCUCUACAUCUGCCAUGAUGAGUGACAAAGGUGGACAUACCUCUGAGGACUCCAAGAGAGAUGUACUUCGCAAGAGCAAGUGCUUGUCCAUUGGAAUACAGGUGGACGGACCUGAAGAUUCAGCCGAUUUUGAGAACAAUUCAUUUUCAAACAAGUUCCAGUCGGUGGGAGUCCAAGUGGAGGAAGAGAGGUGUUAUCGAAGAUUCACCCGAUCCAACAGCGUGACGACGGCAGUCCAAGCUGACCUGGACACCCAUGAGAUCUUAGAUGGACCAUUAAAUUCUCCAGAAAUAGACCAUCCCACCUCCAGUUCCAUAUCUAGACAAUAUUCCCGGGAUGCCAGCACUUCUACUGUCAGCAUUCAGGGCUCAGGGAACCAUUACCAUGUCUGCGCUGUAGAUGAUGACUUUGCUGGCUUUGACCCUUCUAUCUUACCACCACCAGACCCCUGGAUUGACAGUGUUACUGAUGACCAUAUGGAGGUAGUUCAGAGGUCCGUGUGCCAUAGAGAUGGACGCUGGUUUCUAAAGCUUCUCCAAGCAGAGACCGAUCGGAUGGAAGGCUGGUGCCAGCAGAUGGAGAGGGAGGAACGAGAAAAUGACUUGCCUGAUGAAAUUUUAGGGAAGAUCCGAAGUGCAGUGGGCAGCGCCCAGCUGCUGAUGUCUCAGAAAUUCCAACAGUUCCGGGAGCUGUGUGAAGAAAACUUGAACCCCAUUUCUCACCCUCGGCCGACUUCUCAGGAUUUAGCGGGAUUCUGGGACAUGCUGCAGUUGUCGAUUGAGAAUAUCAGCAUGAAAUUUGACGAACUGCAUCAGCUGAGAGCCAAUAACUGGAAGCACUUGGCUCUUCCUGAAAAGAAGGAGAGAAGAAUGCCUCCACCAGUGCCAAAGAAGCCACCAAAAGGUUACCCACCCCUGGUGAGGGACCGGUCUCUGGAAAGCACCGAAAAGCAGCGGCAAGAGGCACGGAAAAGGCUGAUGGCAGCCAAGAGGGCUGCCUCAGUGCGGCAGAACUCAGCUACAGAGAGUGCAGACAGCAUUGAGAUUUACAUCCCAGAGGCGCAGACCAGACUCUGAGCCACCCAGAGCAGUACGUCAGUUAACAUGCACACCGUCCCUUUCUCACAUGCACAUACAUGCAGACACCAACACGCGUACAAGGAUGAGAUAGGGUGCUUUGUAUUAUAAUCACUCCUCUAGGUCCUCAUGUUAAAAAUAAAGACCACAAAAAGAAUACUGAUAAAGAUAACACAACAAAAUAAUAUUGGUAUUCCUUUGAAAUUUUUAUUUCCCACUCUUUCUCUGGUCAUUAGUACAAUUAGGUUAACUUCCACAAUGUGAUGUAGCUGUUGACCGCCCUACCUCCAUCCAAAAAUGUGUCUUGUGAUCCUGUUUCCUAAAUUUACUCAUUUAGCCAUCGUAGCUUUGCCACAUAAAUAACGCAUCACCGCUGCCAUGUAUACUGUAAAGCAGAUUUGCUUAUUCUGUAAAAAAAUCUCCAUAUACCCUGAAAAAAAAAAAAACACUCUUUGUACAGUAGGUGCACCAUUUACUUGUCCUGAAACGGUUUAAUCUUUCACACUCGUAAUAACAGUUGUAAAGUCCGAUUGUUGCUUAGUGUACAGCAGCAGGAGCAGGGAGAACUUUUAACGGAUAAACUCUCAGGCACACAUUCUUCUGAAUUGUGGUCACACCGAGCCUCCUGAAUUAGUAGCAAGUGAAAGUGUCACACACGCACACACACACAGUAUUGGUGUUACCUGUGAAGGGGUCCGACAUUCCCUUACAGGACAGGGUAGAAGCUGGAGCGCUCCACUUGACAAAGGUGCACAUGUUGUCUCAUAAUAAUGCAUCAUAUGCAAUUCAUGAUGAUUUAGUUAAUUGCUUUCACUUAAUUUGCACGAUUUUUGGUUUGUUGUUUGAAACACCACUACACAGUAAAAGUCAGAGAUGAUGAGUGUAAUUGAAAAGCUCCCUAUAAAUUCAACAAUAGGAUAACGUGUCAAUAGGUACGUGCGCUCUUCUAAAUGCUGAUCACCUUCAGUUAAACAGAAGAGUGGUUUCCAGCUUGUCUUUUGCGAAACAUGUAGAAAAUGAACAAUACAAAGUGCAUAUAUGGAAACUACCCUAUUUCUAAGUUAGCCAGGAUUAGUGAAAUGUGUGUAAUUUACUGCUCGUCUGUACGGAAUUCCCUGAAAGUUGCCAAAAAUUCAAUGUAAAACAAGGCCUUUCCAGUAGCUUGAGCAGGUAAUCAGGUGGAUUUGUUAAAUGACUUGCUUCUUUCAAUGGCUGCUGGGAGGCAACGUCCUGUUAAAUGAGGGUGAGCUGGGCCAAAUGCAGCAAAAUCAUGGUAUCCCUCCUAAAAGAAGUGAAAGUAUAUGCCUAUGUGUGUGUGUGUGCGUGUUGGUGUGUGUUGAAGUGUGCAUUUGAGUGCGUGUGAGCGUAAGGAUAGGUCUUUCAAGUGCUUCCUGAUUUUUUGCAUUGUUACUGACUUUGUUUUGUAUGUAAUUAAGUAGCCACACGGACAUACUGUGUUAAAAGAAAUAGAGGUCCCAAGUUUAUUUAUUUUGUAAUAUUAUAUUUUAUGUAUUUGUGAUCCUUAAAAAGAAAUGGUGGGCAUGCUGACACCCCAAGGAAUUAGACCUAGAGAUAUAUUUUUGAAUUUUUUCUACUGAUUUAUCUCAGCAAAAUGUACCAUAUUCUGCCAUUCCAUUUUACACCAUUCUGUCAGUUAUGGCGUUUAGAUUCAUUUUCUGUUGUCAUCCUAUACUCAGUUUUUUUUCUUCAGUACUAUAAAACCAAAAGAAAGCGUACACCUGAGAGGAGACCAUUCAGUCCGUCCGGCCUGUUUGCUUUGCUAGCGGCUGUGCUGUCCCAGGAUGUCUUCGUUUAUGACGGCAGGGUAUCCGUUUCAACACCAUGACUGGAAUGUUUAUUCUGGACUUCCAUUGCUUUUUGUAUAAAGAGGUGCUUCCUGCUUAUGGUCUGUACUUCUCAUUAUGCUUUGGUGUGAUGUCAAAAUUAAGAUUACAUUUCUUUUACUGUCACUUCUUUGCCAAAAAGAAAGAAAAGAGUAACUUUCAUGUAAGUGUUAUGAUUCCAUCUAUGCUAUGUUUUAUUGUAAAAUCAGUGGAUCUGAUUUUGUAAACAAAUGCAAGGUGCAGAAAAGGCAGUGUCUAUAGUGAUACGAUGCCAGGACAGGUAAAAACCUGAUAUUCUGACAUCUUAAAACCACAAAACAUUUUUUAUUUUUUCAAAACUCAGGUUUCUACCACUCUCCACACAUCUACAGCAGUAGCCAUUUUAGUAUUGAUUGCUUGUAAAUACUGUCAUAGCAUGCCACAUUUCCACACAACAUUUAAUCAGCUCCUUCUAACCCUACUUUUACAAACAAAAAUCCCCUGCUUUCAGCUCAUUCAAGUUUCUCACUCCUAAUCCACCCUUUCUGCUUUCUUAUGUUAUAACAGAGUUUUUAAUCGCUGAGUAAGUUAAGUGAAUUAAAACAGUAAUUAAUGAUUGGUGCAGAUGGUGCUGCUUGUAAUGUUGAUGCCCUAACCCUAAUUCAGACCAAGUCCAAUCACAUCAAUAUGGAAAAGAAGAAUGGGAUACGGUGUUCUAAAACCGUACUAGACACAGCACAAGUUAGCAAGCAAGAUCAGCAGUUUCCUAGCAGGACUGACUUCUGUUCAUCAACUGGACAAAUGACUUAUGUUCAGCGCUGUGUCAGCCUAGCCCCUAAUAUUUUUUAACCUCUUGUGGAUAACCCCUGAUUAGCAGGGAACUGUCAAGAAGUAGAUACGUCUCAGCCGAGCUGACAGUACUAAUAAUGCAUGGAGUUGAAAGUUUAAUAAGUCAGUAAAUCAAUGAAGAAAGGAGAAAGCGAAGACAAAGUCAAAGAACAGGAUCAACCAGGGAAUAAACUGGUAUGCAAAUACACUUAGUAAAUAUUCUUAGAGAUCAAAGAUGCAA